CGCGGUGCUCUUUUGGGUGUGACUGUCCUCUUUUUACUGCCAACAUGAAAUACCGUAGUAUUAUUGUAAAGUGAAAAGGCCGCUCCUGAUUUACUCGUCAGCGAUAUCACCCGUGUUGCGCCUUGUCUUUUAAGAACGUACUCGUACUCGCGUCCACUGGUGAGGUACCAGGUACGCCGAUAUCUCGAAGAACUUUUUGACCGACGCACAGCGGCAACACCGCAAUUGGUAGCCCUGCCGCAGCAGUCGACGCGCCGCCAUACUUGUUUACAUCAGUCACCAGCCGGCCGCUCUACAGCAAACUUCAAACUUCAAGCUCGAUGAAAUGUUAAAGUAUCGGGUAAAAGGUAAAUUGUGUACAAAAGAGAAGUAUGAUGCUCAUCAGAUACGGCUCGCAAAUCUCGAGAAAGGAAGAGUUCCGACAGUCAAGACGUCGACGCCAAAAGAAGCCUCGAAGAGAAGCCUAAGCACCUGCGAAGAGUGGGAAGAUGUUCCGACGCCUAAAACACCUAAAAGAUCAUGCGAGGAACAAGAAAACAUUAUCGAGGACGAGGAGGACGUGGACGAGGUCGAGGAUGCAAGUGAAAAGGAGUUCGUAGUGAGAGGACGGCGAAUCUUUGAACCGUGGGAGAAUUUCAAACAAAUGUGGUGCUGCAAAUGCAAGGAAGCCCUCAACGGGCAGUACACGGAGAAAGAGGAACGCCGAGGCCUGGGUUGUAUUUGGUGGAUUCGUUGCCAUAAAUGUUCUGUCAUUAAUAUCGUAACCUCUGGAAAGAUGCAUGCAGGUGCCGGUGAGCGAGCUUCGCUCUUCGAUGUGAAUGCUAAGGCCGUCAUGGGUGUGACUUCUGCUGGGUGCUCUUAUGCACAUUUCAAUGCUCUGAUUUCCACUCUGAACAUGCCUAACAUGGAUCGCAAAACCUUCAAGAGAUAUGAGCGCAAGGAGGUUGGGCCUAGUCUCGAGAAGGUUGCCAAGCAGAGUUGCGAGGAAGCUGCAAGGGAGGAGAGGGAGCUCACCAUCCGGAACAAGACCAUGAUCGAGCAAAUUCUGUAAGAUAAUCAUUUAACUUUGUUGGCAACAAUAAUUCAGUUAGAGCAUUGAUUAUGUCAUGCCAGUUCAGAAAACUGUGGUGAUGCAAAGACCGUACUAAACCGUAAACUGCAAACUAAGUCAACUUCAGACCAGUGGUGAUGGCACUGUGAUAUUUUUUCCAAUAUAAUAAUUUAGUUUAUCUAGUCACCACAAUAACAUCUUUUUAUGUUGAACGUCCGAACUGUGAUAGUAAAGUUGACAUAUUUAGUAUGCUCUAGUGAUUUGUUGCACGCAACAUUGUUGUUUUGAUUGUUUUAUUAUUUUUUUAAAUUAAUUCCUUGGUUUCAUGCUGUAUUGUUUUCAUAAAUAAAACAAAUACAUAGAACCAAAUGCUAUCGUAUUCUUUAAUAAUCAUUGCAUGUUUUUAUCUAUCAUUUGCAGGCCUGACCAUCUGAAAGAUAGUUUCAUCGUGUUGGAGGAACUUGCUGAGGACUGUCCAGUAACAUUUGACUUAGUAGUUAGAAUAAUGGUAUCGUACGACAUGGGAUGGAGUAAAAGGGGAUCAGGAAAUAAUUAUGAUAGCUUAAAUGGAUAUGGGUGGCUUUGUGGUUAUUUUACUGGUAAAGUUUUGGAUUAUAAUCAGUGCAACAGGAAAUGUAAGGCAUGUGAUAUGGGCAGUCCUCAGUCUGAACAUGAUUGUAGGGUGAAUUAUUAUGGUAGUGCUAAGGGUAUGGAGGCCCACACAGCUAAAAAACUAGUAACAAAUAGUGAUAUUUUAAAAAGCCAAAAUUUACAGGUAGGAGUUUUAGUAAUGGAUGAUGAUAGCUCCUCUAUAGCAGCUUGCAGAUCAGCAGCAGACCAUGAAAUAGUUAAGCAAAGUGAUAAGAACCACACUGCAAGGGGAGUAAGUAAAACUUUAUUUGGCAUGCAAAAGGCUCACAGUGAAUUGUUUCCUGAUGCUAUCAGGUACCUCCACAGGUGUUUCACUUAUGCUUUAUCACAGAACAAAGGGGAUAGUGUUGCUAUGGGAGUUGCAUUAAGGGCUAUACCCCUACAUGCCUUUAAUGUUAAUACUAUUUGUGGUAACUGGUUUGGUUAUAAAAAAGAUCCUGAAAAUUAUGACCAUUCAGUAAUACCAGGUGGAUUCACUGACCCAAACCUCAAAAAUGACUUAAUAGAUGUUUUUAAUAAAUUAGCUAAUAAUGCUACUAAAUUUUCUGCUGGUGCUUCAAGUAACGUAAAUGAAAGUUUAAACUCCAUGAUGGCCAGGAAGGCACCUAAGUCUAACUGUUACAGCAUGUCAGAGUCAGCUGAUUUCCGUUUAAGUGCGGUUGUUGGAAAGAAAAAUUUGGGUGAGUCAUACUGUCAGAAAUCAUUAUUAGAAAGUAACCUCAGUCCUGGCAGCCCCUAUCAUAAAAAAUAUAUACAGAAUGUUGAUAAAAAUACCAGCUAUAGACAGCAGCUUUACAAGCUUCCAGAAACUAAAAAGAAAAGAAUUGACACUACUAGGAGGCGGACUCUUUUAAAGAAUGCAACAGAAAAAAAAGAGGGCACUACCUAUGAGUCACAAAUGGGACUGUUUGAGGAGGAUGGUAUUGGCUUAUUGCCAGAUAUACCUGAAGAAAAUAUUGCUUCAGAAGGACUAGAAAGUGGGGAAGGGGGGGAGGAAAUGAAAAGAGUAGUUCUAUUUGAUUUAGAGACAAGUGGUUUCAAGGGGGAAAUCUUGCAAAUUGGUGCUAAGUGUGGAAGUUGUAAUUUCAGUUGUUACAUCAAGCCAAAGGGGCCUAUCCCUUCUGAUGUAACUUCAAUUACUAAACUCUCAACCUCUGGAGGGCAACUGUACAAAGGUACACUGCUUGUGCCUACUGUUUCUCUGCAAGCUGCUAUGGAGAAGUUUGUACAUUACCUGACCUCACUUCAGAAAAUAGUUUAUUUAUGUUCCCACAAUUUAGCAUUUGAUGGACCAAAACUACACAAAGCACUAUGUGAGUGUAAUUUGGAGGAUAAAUUUCUAGCAGUAGUGAAGGGUAUGGCUUGCUCACUUAAGAUAAUUAGAAACAUGAGACCAAAGACUGAAAAAAAUAGUAUAGAGGUGCUAACCACAUCAUUAGGUAUAAAAUAUGUUGAUGGGCAUGAUGCACUCAGUGAUACCGAGAUGCUUGGACUGAUAAUCAAAAAAAUGGAAAUAUCUGAUGAGCUAAUCAUUACUUCAUCGACAGAUGCCCACAAUUUAAUGGAAAAGUACAAAGCAGACGAAAUCUUAAAUAAUAAAUGUAGCCAAUUUUUCAGUGAUUGCAAAACAAAUGUAUCUCAAGAAAACUUCCCAGUUGGCAAAGAAAUUGUUAAAAAGAUUAUAUUGUCUAACAUUACAGUAGCCUGUCUGCAGAAGGCCUCUACAAUUUCAAAAGAAGAGUUGAAACAGUUACUUUUGCCAGCUAGAGUUAUGGGCACAACUGUAGACAAAUUAUAUGGUUUCUUCAAUGCUUCUCAUAAAGAGGUACUGGUACAGGUACAAGCAGUGCCUGCUCCUUUGCCUCAACCAAACCUUCCAGCUCCCCACACUGAAGAAAGAGCAUCAUCACCUGAUCUAGUAUUAGAAUUUUUGUCAGAUGGACAAGAGUUGUCAUACCGUCAGCUUACUCAUAAUCUGUGAUAUUUAUUUUACUUAUUUCAUCCUUAAAAGUUACCAAUUGAAUUUAUAGAAUUCAAUUAAAUAGUGUUGUUAAUAUAUUCCGUCCAAUUGCAGUCAAGCAUGUAUUUUGUGCCAUUAUUCAGAAUAGUAUUUUAAGUCACAAGAAUUUUUAUAAUGAUACUGAAUAGUUUUGAUUUAAAUUAUUUUUUUUGCAGAAAGAUACGGAGAGUCAUUACAUUAAUUGUACAACAUACCCCAGUCCACAUGUUUUCCUUAAAACUUCCCCGUUACUUCACACGAUUGCAAUUUCAAUUUGAAACAGAUAACAUAGGCUUCAAAUGACUAAAAAGGGUAUAUAUGUUUACACAUGAGGAUAAUUCAGUCAUUUUAAAAGAGUACAAGCUAGUGAUAUUGAAAAUGUUUCCUGUUUACUCAAUGUUCCUUUUUCAACACACAAGUUUUGAUACUCAAAGGUAUUAAAUAGGCUCAGGCACAUACCCAAGACCAGAUGUUUUCCUUAAAACUUUCCCGUUACUUUCCACGAUUGCAUUUUAUAUUUAAA